AUGGCUCUUUGCGUUAACAGUUUUCUGCGACCCCUUCUCGUGUGCAAAGCAAAACGUAUCGCACUGCUACUGCCAACGAAUUCCAAAUAGAGUGAGAGGGAAAGAGAGGGAAGAUCGGAGAGAAGGGAAAUCUCCCGUAUCAAUUUGAACGACGGAAAAACAGCACACACGCGGGAAGGGUGACAUUUUCUACAGGGAUUGGAAGAGAAACCUUCCCUUUGCAUCGGAAAUGGAGCUACCCGCCGCGGGAGAGCACGUCUUUGCGGUGGAGAGCAUCGAGAAGAAGCGGAAUCGAAAGGGGAGGAUGGAAUACCUAGUCAAGUGGCGAGGAUGGUCUCCAAAAUAUAACACGUGGGAACCAGAAGAAAACAUUCUCGACCCGCGGCUGCUUGACGCUUUCCAGAACAGGGAGAGAUACGAGCAGCUUAUGGGAUAUCGCAAAAGAGGGCCAAAGCCAAAGCACCUGAUGGGCCAGGUUCCGUCCUUUGCCCGGAGAUCCAGCGUCCUCUCAGGCCUUCAGGAGACCACCCUGGACGAGGACAACCGGCAGCAAGUGGACCCCAUCCAGACAGUGCGCUCGCAGACCCAGCAGUACCAGCUGAACAGCAAGAAACACCACCAGUACCAGCCCCUGCUGGCCAAGGAGAGGGAGGCCGAGCAGCAGGCCAACGGAAAGAAGAAGCUCUACUACCAGCUCAACAGCAAGAAACAUCACCACUACCAGCCUGACCCCAAGAUGUACGACAGCACCCAGUGCAUGAAGCCAAGGGAGGCCACCAAAGCUCCGGAACUGCCCACCAACCACAGCUGGAACCUGCCUCCCGCGUUGCAGCAGAAGUGGGUCCGGGACAAGGACUCUGGCUGCCUGAGCAAAGUCAAGGAUAUCACCAUGGAGCUAAAGAAGCUUCCGGCUCACCUCAACGGCCCCAGUGGCGAAUUGGAGCAGAGCAAGGCCACGGCCAAAGAGGACGCACCGCUGCUGGAGGCCGACGGUGUCAGCGACAGCAAGCUGAAGAUCGUCAAGAACAAAAACAAGAACGGACGCAUCGUCAUUGUCAUGAGCAAGUACAUGGAGAACGGCAUGCAGGCGGCGAGGAUUAAAAAUGGAGACGUGGAAACCCUUGGCGAGCCGCAGCUGGACAAUAAUGAUGAUGCAGCAGAAAAUCAACUUGAAAAGAUGAGGCUCGUCCAGAAACUGGGUCUCACCAACGGAUUCGCGAAAGACUGCAACAAAGGGUCUAACAGAUCUAACGUAUUUAAGUGUCCUGCUGACAAGGUCGACUCGCCCAAAGUGGGGCUUAGUGCGACAGAGCAGAAUAAACAUUUCAAUGUCAGGGGUCAGAAGGAGGCUACGGAGGAUCAGCCCCUGCAGCUGACCGACAAACCUAACCUUGCCCCUUGGCCCAUUGAGAUGGGGGUUCAUAGGACUCAGCCAGGAAAGGGCUCUUCUCCAGCCCUCAAACGUCACCUUUCGGAGGCAGACAAGGGCGAGGACCGGGGUGGCUGUAAACAGUUUCUAAACUCCCGGAGUAUCAGUAUACCCUGCACUGUGUCCUCACCUCCUCAAAGCAACUCCACGGACCAAAAUGGCCACCAUAGCCACAAUGGCCAGCGGAACUACAACUUCCUGGAGUCUAACCAGGAUGAGCCCAUGGACCUCAGCUGUGUGAGGUCCAGACGGGAGGCUCCAGUUCCCACAGAGACACAGGUGGCUCCUUCUGCCGAGGAAGAGAAGACUGCCAAACAGACAGAACCGCCAUUGGCUAUCACAACAGAACAGACAAAACCGCCAUUGGCUAUCACAACAGAACAGACAAAACCGCCAUUGGCUAUCACAACAGAACAUAUUGUGGAGGAGGAGCCUUUUCCUUCAUUCAAGCCUUUCCUUGGGAAUAUAGUCAUCACGGAUAUUACAACAAACUGUCUCACGGUGACAUUUAAGGAAUACGUUACAGUGUAACGAAGCUGACAAAAGACAAUCUGAGGACCAGGGAUUAACAGCAACUGUGUGAAUUUGUACAAAUGUGUGUUGGAACAUAUUGGUAUUUUCAGAUGUUUGAAUGUAAAUAAGAGCCCUUACAGUUUGCAUAAAGUGGGGUUGUGAUUCAUUUUGUUUCGGGGUUCCUAACCCUCCUAUAAUUUGCAUGUACGUAACUUUGGCUAUCAUUCUCUAAAUGAGACCCAUAGUUUUUGUCAUACUUGACGAUGUAGGCUUCUAAUUGAGUUACAAACUACUUUAGUACAUGCUAUUUUGACACAUGGUAUCAGGGCUCAGUGAAAAAGCACUUACUCGUGUAAAUAUGAUUUACUUUUGACAAAGGCUUUAUAUCCGUUUUGGUUUACAGUCUUUGUUUCAGGUCUAUAUAUUCAGAAAGAAAAAGUCUAUGUAUUGAUUAUUGGUAAAUGACACCCUCUUUCAGUUUAUUUGCCUGCUUGUGGUGUGUGUGUGUGUGUCUGUGCGUUCAUGUGUAGCGACGUUGCAAAAUGACGGGCUGUGUGUGCGCAUGUACAGUACCAGACAAACAUUUGGACACACCUACUCAUUCAAGGGUUCUUAUUACUAUUCUCUACAUUGUAGAGUAAUAGUGAAGACGCCAACGCCAUGAAAUAACACAUGUGGAAUCAUGUAGUAACCCCAAAAAAGUGUUUUAUAUAUUAUAUUUUAGAUUUGUCAAAGUAGCCAACCUUUUGCUUUGAUGACAGCUUUGCACACUCGUGGCAUUCUCUCAACCACCUCAAUCAUGAGGAAUGAUUUUCCAACAGUCUUGAAGAUGUUCCCACAUAUUCUGAGCUUUUCCUCCACUCUGGAGUCCAACUCAUCCCAACCCAUCUCAACUGGGUUGAGGUCGGGUGAUUGUGUAGGCCAGGUCAUCAUUCUUGGUCCAAUAGCCCUUACACAGCCUGGAGGUGUGUUUUGGGUCAUUGUCCUGUUCAAAAACAAAUGAUAGUCCCACUCAGCGUAAACCAGAUGGGAUGGCGUAUUGCUGCCGAAUGUUGUGGUAGCUUUAAAUUCUAAAUAAAUAACUGACAGUGUCACCAGCAAAGCACCCCCACACCAUCACACCUCCUCCAUGCUUCACGGUGGGAACCACACAUGCGGAGAGCAUCUGUUCACCUACUCUGCGUCUCACAAAAACACGGCAGUUGGAACUAAAAAUCUCAAAUUUGGACUCAUCAGACCAAAGGACCGAUUUCCACCGGUCUAAUGUCCAUUGCCCAUGUGUCUUGGCCCAAGCAAGUCUCUUCUUCUUAUUGGUGUUCUUUAUCAGUAGUUUCUUUGCAGCAAUUUGACCAUGAAGACCUCCUCUGAACAGUUGAUGUUGAAAAUGUGUCUGUUACUCGAACUCUGUGAAGCAUUUAUUUGGGCUGCAAUUUCUGAGGCUGGUAACUCUAAUGAACUUAUCCUCUGCAGCAGAGGUAACUCUGGGCCUUCCUUUCCUGUGGCGGUCCUCGUGAGAGUCAGUUUCAUCAUAGCGCUUGAUGGUUUUUGCGACUGAACUUGAAGAAACUUUCAAUGUUCUUGGCUGACCUUCAUGUCUUAAAGUAAUGAUGGACUGUCAUUUCUCUUUGCUUAUUUGACCUGUUCUUGCCAUAAUAUGGACUUGGUCUUUUUCCAAAUAGGGCUAUCUUCUGUAUAGCAACCCUACCUUGUCAGAACACAACUGAUUGGCUCAAACGCAUUAAGAAGGAAAGAAGUUCCACAAAUUAACUUUUAACAAGACGCACCUAUUAAUUGAAAUGCAAUCCAGGUGGCUACCUCAUGAAGCUGGUUGAGAGAAUGCCAAGAGUGUGCAAAGCUGGGGUGGCUACCUUGAAGAAUCUCAAAAGAAAAUAUAUUUUGAUUUGAUUAACACUUUAUUUGUUACUACAUGAUUCCAUAUGUGUUAUUUAAUAGUUUUGAUAUCUUCACUAUUAUUCUACAAUGUAGAAAAUAGUUAAAAUAAAGAAAAGCCAUAGAAUAAGAAGGUGUGUCCAAACUUUUGACUGGUACUGUGUGUGUGUGUGUGUGUGUGUGUGUGUGUGUGUGUUUGCGUGUUUGCAAGAUGGACAGAUUCACACUAGGAAGGUAGAAGUCUGUUGCUUGGGCAGAUCAUGCCACGUGAGACGACAGGGAGAGCCAAACAAACAGGGCCUCCCGGGUCAAACUGCACAAGUCAAUGAAGGACCUUGGAGUUAACAUGUACUUUGCACUGUUGUAGGCUGGCUGAGGGGGGUGAAUGGCUGCUGCGAAGGGGAUGGCCUUAGCCUCUUAUCUGAGGGUAACGUUUAGGAAGAUAGAUAUUACUGGUUUCAAUUAUUGUAAAUAUGUGAAAUACCCACUGAUAUCAUUCAUUCCCUGUAGCUCUGUAACAAUGUGGCAUUUUAGAUAUCAAUUCAAGUCCCAUUGCCCUAGUUCUUUCUUCAAGACCCAUAACAUGGAUACUAUUCAUUUUAAAACAACUCUAUGUUUAUCAUUGAUCCUAUUUAUUGUAGCUAUUCACUAUUAAUGUGAAACAUGAAGAGGGAAGUUGGACAUGAUUUAUGUAGUAUUCAUUUUUAGAAGGUCGUGUGUGUAGGCCAACUAACAAUCACAUUCAUCCCUGCCGUUUUGUUGGAACUAAUGAUGACUUCGCCUCCAUGUCAUAUUCAGAAUGUAAACUACAGUUAACACAGGUGGCCUUUCCUGUUCAAUGCGUUUAAGGAAAUGUCCGGCUACUCUUUUAUUCACCCUGUUUUCUUCACUCUCCGUUAUAACUAGAAGUACAGAAGUAAUUAUGAAUCCCUGUUCUCAUGGCCUACACUCUAAUGCUAAUGCGUUUGAUAGGCCUGUGGCCUUUUGUGGGCGUGUACCACUGUUAAUGUUUCAAUGGCAUUCAGUGUUUUCAUUGCAAGGGGUAUAUGGUAUAUGGUAUCCUAGGCUAGUCUAUUGCCUAUAUUUGUAUCAUCAAAAAACAUGAGUUCAUGGGACCUUCUCAAUGUUCUGUUUGAAACCCCUUUUCAGCACUUGGUUUUUAUCAAAUAUGCAUUGUAACUGCUUUAAGAGGGACUUUGUUGUUCAUGUGCGCAGACUAAACUGAAAAGGCUUCUCCUGAUGUGUUUGGCAAGAUUAAAAUGGUAAGAAAGUUA